AUGAGGUUUCCCGGUGCUCGGAUGGAUCUGAGCGGCGCAUCGCAAAUCUGGGGUUACGGGUUCCUCUGCGUCACCGUCAUCUCCCUGUGCUCGCUGGUGGGAGCCAGCGUGGUGCCCUUCAUGAAGAAGACCUUUUACAAGCGGCUGCUCCUCUACUUCAUAGCUCUGGCGAUUGGAACUCUCUACUCCAACGCCCUCUUCCAGCUCAUUCCCGAGGCGUUUGGCUUCAACCCUCAAGAAGAUUAUUAUGUUUCCAAAUCUGCCGUGGUGUUCGGGGGCUUCUACCUGUUCUUCUUCACGGAGAAGAUCCUGAAGAUGCUGCUGAAGCAGAAGGACCCGCACCACCACGGGCACAGCCACUACAGCGCCGAGGCUCUGCCCUCCAGGAAGGACCGGGAGGAAGGCGUCACUGAGAAGCUGCAGAACGGGGACCUGGACCACAUGAUCCCACACGUCACCAACGAGAUGGAGUGCAAGAGCCCUCCUGGGGACGAGAAGGUCGUGGUGGGAUCGCUGAGCGUCCAGGACCUUCAGGCCUCGCAGAGCGCCUGCUAUUGGCUGAAGGAGGUGCGCUACUCCGACAUCGGCACGCUGGCGUGGAUGAUCACCCUGAGCGAUGGGCUGCACAACUUCAUUGAUGGGUUGGCCAUCGGGGCCUCCUUCACCGUGUCUGUCUUCCAAGGCAUCAGCACCUCCGUGGCCAUCCUCUGCGAGGAGUUCCCGCACGAGUUGGGGGACUUUGUCAUCCUGCUGAACGCCGGCAUGACCAUCCGCCAGGCGCUCUUCUUCAACUUCAUCUCAGCGUGCUGCUGCUAUGUGGGGUUGGCCUUCGGGAUCGUGGCCGGCAGCCACUUCUCUGCCAACUGGAUCUUCGCCCUGGCCGGAGGGAUGUUCCUGUACAUCGCGCUGGCUGACAUGUUCCCUGAGAUGAACGAGGUGAGCCGGGAGGACGAGCAGAACGGCAGCGCGCUCAUCACCUUCGCCAUCCAGAACGCGGGGCUGCUGACGGGCUUCACCAUCAUGGUGCUGCUCACCAUGUACUCGGGGCAGAUCCAGAUCGGGUAGGCCCAGCCCGUGGCGGAGCCCUGCGCCAGUUUUCCCUUUACUUUUGGGGGGAGGGGGUGGGGGAUUUUUUUUUUUCCUUUUCCUGCUGCAAGCAUCCGACGGUAGCUGUGCAGGCACUGACGUCAUGGAACACUACAGAAGAGGCUUUGCUUUCAAAGCUA